AUGUACAGUGACAAUGCAAUGACAUUCGUUGGGGCAUCAGACUUCCUUGAGAAGCUCUAUCACCAAGAGUCCAGAGAAAAUCAACGAAUCCAGUCAGUACUUGCCUCCAAUGGGACACAAUGGAGUUUUUCACUGCCCAGGGCACCCCAUUUCGGUGGCAAGUGGGAAGCAGCAGUAAAAUCAACGAAACAUCACCUGAAGAGAGUGCUGGGGCCAUCAACACUGACGUAUGAGGAACUCAACACCGUAAUAAUACAAAUAGAGGCCUGUCUUAACUCCAGACCCAUCUGUCAGAUGUCAGAUCAUCCAGAAGACCUCCAGACGCUCACCCCAGGACAUUUCAUGGUGGGAGAGCCCCUUCAACUCAUACCAAAACCAUCACUCCUAGAUAAGAACGUCAAUAAAAUCUAG